AAAAUUUUUAGGAAGAAAAACCAACAAAAAGAUACGUUUUUCCGUCCCAUUAAAUCUUCCAAAGAUAAAAGGUUACCCUAUAGGGCACUAUUAGUCUAUAAUUCAUUUGCCGAACCGGUGUAUAUGGAGCUCUGGUAUCUCAUGUUUGCCAAGACUAUGAUUUUUGUUAAUAGUGCAAUCAACCCCAUCAUAUACAGCGCCUGUAGCAUUAAGUUCCGGCGCGCUUUCAAGCGUAUGCUGACGUGUGAGUCAGAACAGAGGGGUCACCAGAGGACCCGCGCGGCCGCCCAAUACGCCUCCGGACUCAGCACUACAAUGCAUUUGUCCCACAACUCCGAUCGACACAACACUCUCCUCAGUGUCUGUGCCCUCAAGAACUCCAAAGACAAGCACAAUGACAGCGAAACCGAACAAAACGUCUGA